UACUUGGUCUCCCAGUUUCAAAACAGAUAAUAAUACGAUAUGAACGGUAGUCCUUCAGAACAAUGUCAACUGUAUAUGUAACAAGCACAACGGUUCCUUACAGUAGUUUAAACGAGGGACAGCAACAGUGAGGUGUUAUCAUAAGAUUAGAAUUCGUUUGUUUAGAUUUAAAAGUUCUUUGGACAAAAAUAAGUUAAAUACUUCACUCUAAAAUCAUGCCGAAACGUAAGAGUUACAAAAUAUCUGACCGGAAGCAAGACCACUACAAAUCCCAGGAAACAUUGCUGCAGAGAUCAAGUUCGUUUGAUGCGAUCGAUAGCAAUGGGAAUAAUAAUACUUCCUUUAGAAAGAAUGGUUCAUCUGAGCGACUAUUAGGAGAACAUUCCCCGGAAUCUGUGCUCUUUGAACCUGCCGAACUGGAGUUGACGUGCUACGAUGAGCUGAGCCCAGAAAUUGCCCAUAAGCGACUGCGAAGAAAAUCGGACUCUUUGGACAAGUACGAUGAUCAAUGUGACGAUUCAUUGAAGAAAAAAGCAGACACGCCUACGAAAACCCGUUACUCAUUAGACAGAACUCUUUCGUUAAACCAGGAAAUUAAGUCGGACAUGAACACAUACAUCUCUUUGCAAAAUGUCAAGUCCUUUUCGAACUUCUUCCCUGUUAAUCAGUUUGAGGAUGAAGCGAAGAAGAUCGAGCAAUACGAAAAGUGGAGCAGUCAUGAGAGUCAUGGCUCAAAGUAUCAGAUAAUAAAUGAGAAGGCUUCACAGGAUACCAGCGGUAGCAGUUUCUUCGUUGCCAAUUGGAGUGAGUGCACCAAAAUUCUUUCCAAGCUAAGGCAACUGAAUAGCUUCAAGAUAGGAGCAAGUCAGGAACACUUUGCAAGCUUUCUGUCAGAGCACACACAGCCUUUGAUAUCACAAAGGAAAUCUAAACGCACCAAUAAGCGUGCUUUUGAAGAGGUUGGCAAAGUAGAUGACAAAGCGCAUACAAUUAGUAUUAGUUCUCCUACACCAUGCAAUGGUUCACCGCCUCCUGCCAAAAGGUGUAGGACUACUUUGAAGUUUGAUAAUGAGAAAGAAACAGAAGAAGAACACAGAACGGUUGUCACAUGUACACCAGAAUCCCUCGCUGCUUCUAUUCUAGAGUUACCUAUUGUAUCCGAUUCUGAUGGCCGUAGCGGAAGUCUGCACGACCUAGAAACAGGCGGUGAAUUCUGUCGAAAAUGUACCUGUCCUAGUAACAAACAGAGCUACCGAUCAUUUAUGUUCUCCAGUAAACAUCUACCUAAAAUUAUUGUUUUUUGCACCUGGUUGAUAAGGAAGUUAGCAGAAGCCUUUAAAAAGAACUAUGCUCGAUUCAAGCAUAUGAUCUUCGUGUCCUCUACAAAGGAAACUGCAAAGAAAGUCGAACAGCUCAGUAAAGUGGUCAUAGCGUUACGCUCCGAGAACGACGAAAUGAUUAAUAUGUUCUUGGAGAGACUUAAUUAUUUGUCCGAAGAAAUUACUCGUAAGCAUACGAAUAACGAGACUACAUUAGCCACCCUGACCGCGGAGGUGUGUAACAUACGAGAGAUCAGUAAUAAGUUGGCUAAAAACAAUGAGAUAAUGAUGCAAGAGCUGAAGACAUUGCAGAGAAUAUUAGAAGAUAAGAAAACAAUAUCUCCAAUAAUUUCACCGCCACUGCCACCACCAAUGCCAUCGCUUCUAAUUCCAUCUAGGUCGGCGGGCUCUCCACAACCUCCACUUCCACCUUUUCCUCCUCCUUCACCGCCACCCCCGCCGCCGUCGCCACCACCACCACCACCACCACCACCACCACCACCACCACCACCACCUCCUCCUCCGGCUUCAUUAUUUCAAUCGCCGAUGGAAGCAAUCACGCCAACCACCCCGAAGAGAAGCGUCAGUACACCUUCGACAACGUGCUCAACGCCGUUGCUUAGUAGACCAACCAUAACCGUCGAGGAUCUGUUGAAGGUGACCCUAAGAAAAGCACCACAAAAUCUUAAGGAAAAUAGAAGGAAUACCAUACCGGGACCAAGGGGACCAGUGGUCUCACUUGACAUGCUACGUAGCGUUAAAUUAAAAUCUGUUAGACGCAGAUCAACCCCCGACCAAUUAAUAAGAUCUCCGAGAAGCUCUCGCAGGAUUAAGGCACGCGCAGCGUCGAGCCUGAGCUUAUCUCCGAUAAUGACUGCAACGGACAAUCCGUUGGGACGAAUUCUGAAACAAGUGGAUCUUAAUAGACGGCCAAGGCGUUUAUUAACUACGACGAAUUUUCGCGAGACUAAUAUCACAAAGGACAAUAAUUCAUUGAAUAGGGAUACGAGAAAUAUCAGCUCGCAGGCUUUAACGUUGGAUGAUUCAAUUUAUACACAGCAUAGCAAUGCAAAGAAAACGCCUUGAUAUCAUAAAUAUUUUACAUUUUGAUUGAUAUUUAAUCUAUAUAUGUACUGAUCAUUGAAAGCAUACAAUAAAGACUUUAGAAGAGGAA